GUGUAUUCAAUCAAUGUGAUAUUAUGGAGAUAGUCGAGCCUUUGAGGCGGAGUUUGCGAUGUCUAUUCAACUGGCGAAGUAAACGACAGGAUCUCAUUCAUGAAUUUAAAAAAUGCUGCCAAUUGGUGGCUAUAAAACGUGCCGGAGGCGAGUUGCACGACGACGAUUUUUGGAAUCUCUAUGGUUACUUUAAACAGACAGUUGUAGGUGAUUUCAAUGUCGACCUUGCUGAUGAAAGCUCUGAAAUCAAUAAGCGUAAAUGGGCUUCAUGGAAGAGGCAUGCUGGAAUGUCGAAACGCGAAGCUAUGGCCGCGUAUGUGGCUAUAGUUCGCCAGCUGUUUGGAUACGAUGAUGACAAUAUGGUUUACCCCGUGAGUAACGCGCCAAGUAAACCUUUAGGCAGCUUAAUGGAUCAUCACGAUGACGAAGAUGAUGGACUGUACUCACUAGUAGUCAAUGGCGAUGUCGAGAGGAUAGAGUCUCUUUUAAAGGAUACACCUGAACUGGUCAAUGUAAGGACCCCUAGCGGAAUCACGCCGCUACAUGUGGCUGCCGAUAGAGGGCACAUUGACGUGGUAAUGUGUCUACUUAAGUACGGUGCUGAUAUGAAUGUGGUUGACGACAACGGCGACACACCGCUUUUAACGGCGGCAGCGGCGGGGAACCGUGAUAUAGUUGACCUUCUACUGAGGGGUGGAGCUGAUCAAUCCUUGAGGAACGUCGAAAAUAAAAACUGCGACGACAUACUGAAGCCACAGAAAGCAUGAUAUGGCCGAUAUUAAAUCCACCUUUGGGUAACAUACAACAUCUGAAUCACGCCGGAUAUUACACCCAUGUAUAUUUAUCAAUACCGGUUGCGAUGGGUCACCUUAAAUACAAGGCUAUAUCGUCAAUGCCCCAAGAUGCUUCACAGGGGUUACCCUCAAUGUUGCUAUUAAUCUCCAGUGCCAUGGAUUCACGUGUAUGGUGCUUGAACACGUCGAAAUGUACCUUGGGUGGCUUAUCACUUGAUUAUAUUAACUUACGGAAAGUCUGUCUGGGUACUCUUGUCCGCAGCUGUCAAUGCCGUACUUGAUGCACUCAGUAUUGCUCAGACUGGGACACCAGUUGUGUGAUUCUGUACACUGUACAACACUGUUUGCGUAACCUACGCGUCCAUAGGAUAUCGCCAUCGACCACUAUAUUUACAUGUUGGCCUGCAGUUGUGUGGAACACUUUAGCGGUGCAUACCUUCCCAUUGGUCGAAGAAGUGUAUGCGACCCGUCAAACGCACUUCUGUGUGCUCUGGAAGAUUAAAGUAGUAUCUAUGAACACGUCCAUUAGAUAGUUGGCUGGGGUGCUAUUUAAGUAACAGGAACGACGUACCAGGGUCCCCCAAGGAAGUAGUCACCUGACCUCCCACAAGUGGAUAUAUUCCCAGGCAUCCAAUUAUUGCUUUCACGUGGUCCAAAAAGGUCAAUUUCCCUUAAUGUCCUGGAUAUAAUAUAAAAAACAUG